AUGGCUGAUGUGCACGAACAUGAAGUUGACAUUAAUCAAGAUGAUAAUUCUUUAGAUGGGGAGGUUGGGGAGAUGGAGGAGCAGGCUGGGGCAGAGGAGCAGGCUGGGGUAGAGGAAGGGCGUGCCGAGACCUUUGCCGUUACACGAUCCGCGAUGAUGUUAUGGGACUACGCACAGGAGAUCGCACAAGACAGGACGGAAUUCGCAUGUCGCGCCGCGACAAAUGCCUGCUUGCAUUGA